UUCUUUCUCUUCCAGCUUCAAGCAGCAUUCAGUCGAGGUGAUAUUAAACCAGGUCUUAACAUUGAGGGCAAGGCAAAGAAGGUCUACAUAAAUAAUGAGCAAGGUUUAAAGGACCGACUUUCAGAUUUCAAGAGAGACCUUCCGUGGCUCGAGAGGUUAGAUGUGACUUGUGGCCCUGCCAGGGUACCAGGGGAGACGGAUCCUAAAGAAGAAGAGCAAGGCAAAGAUGAAGUACAUGAUGACUUUAAGAGGGAAUUGAGAAUAUACCGUCAAGCCCAAGCAGCUGCACUGGAUGCGUUACCUAGGUUACAAGCGCUGAAUAUACCCACCAAGAGACCAGAUGACUUCUUUGCUGAAAUGGCGAAAUCAGAUGAUCAUAUGAGAAAGAUAAGAGAGAAGCUGAUUGCCAAACAGUUGUCCAUGGAAAGAUCAGAGAAGGCUAAGAAACUCAGAGAACUCAGAAAGUUUGGCAAAAAGGUUCAACAAGAAGUUUUGGUGAAACGUCAGAAAGAAAAGAAAGAGUUGGCAGAAUCUGUCAGGAAAUUCAAGAAGGGUCAGACAAAGAACCUUGAUUUUCUGGAAGGGAAGUCCAAAGGAGGAGCAAACUCUAAACAAGACAAAUUAGCAGCUAAAGGGCCAAACAUAAAGAGGAAAGCAAAAAACACUAAGUUUGGAUAUGGCGGGAAGAAGAAGGGAAGCAAAGUGAAUUCAAGACAGAGUUCCAGAGAAGAUGAUGAUCAUUUUAGUAUGAAAAGAAACAAAUCGGAUGUAGUCAAACACCAGAAACAAUUUGGAGGAAAGAUGCAGAGGAAAGGGAACAGCAAACAGAAGAGACUUGGAAAAGGAAAGAGACAGAAACUCAAAUCAAGAAAGAAAUGAUGGACUUUUCUGAAACUCACUGCUUAUUAGGACACUACUAUGAAGAUAUGAUUUUAUCGUACUGCACCAUGCAAUAUAUUGGAGGUAUUUCCAAAUAUGUUUGAUAUGCUGGAUCAUGAUUUCGUAUCUAAAACUUAAGAAGUAACAGGAGGAGAAGGCACACACAAAGUAUAAUUUCCCAUAUUGCUGAGGUAAAUUACCACCUGUUGUACACUCAUUUUUUUUCCCAUUUAGUCUCAUCCCACAUGGGGACUUUUCACACGUGAAUCUUGAAUCAUCAUUGUAAUGAUGAUUGCAAUUCAUCUUUAGAAUCAUCGGACCUUUCACACAGAAAAUUUGUACUGUAAUUUGAGUGAAACUUUACUGGAAUUCACUUCCGGAGUAGAAUUUGUGAUUAGCGUUCAUGAUUCUUGUUUGGUUUCACACGUGCUAAAAAUUUUCAUUAGCCUUAUUUUUCACUGGAAUCAUCAUUCAAAAUUACGAUUUUUUUUUACAGUGUGAAACUUCGGAUGGUCUAAUCCAUUCCACCUAUAACCAGUCUAUCUAAGCCAUUUGGUUGAAGUGCCAUUUAGCCCAUUGACCAUUUGUCUUAUUUCCAGCUAAAAGGCGAUACCUGUUUUAGUAAUAUCCACAUGGAUCACCACCACUCACUUUAUAUGGGUAGGUGAACUGUUAAUAUACACAAAUUUCAUUUGACAAAGUGCAAAAUGAUGAGUAGAUAUACAAGUAGAGGAAAGUAGACCAUUAGACCAAACAACAGGUAGACCAAGUGGGUUAAGCCAUGGUUUUAGACUUUGAUUCUCAGUAGUAGACAAAGGGCCUUUUCACACGUGAAUCUUGAAUCAUCAUUAUAAUGAUGAUGGCAGGCGUUCGUGAUUCUAAUCAAGUUCUAGUUCGGUUUCACACGUGCUAAAAAUUCGUCAUUAGCCUUAUUUUUCACUGGAAUCAUAAUUCAAAUUACGAUUUUUUUUUACAGUGUGAAAGGGUGGUAAAUGGAUUUAGACAGUUGCUAGGACAACAAAACCGUGUAUCUCAACUUCCAUGUAGAUGAUUUACAAAACUUCAAGACAGCCACGUCCACAAUGUGCCAAAUUCACAAAGGUCGUUUCAAAUGUACCAUGGUACUAAUACAAAUCCAUGGAUUGUGCUUACUUUGUCUGCAUCGUUAAGAAUAUUUCAUUGUGUACACUCAGAAGAGUCAAAUCAUAAAUGUGCCUUUUUGGUAAAUGGCACUAAAUCCAGAGUUGCCAACCCUUACGGAAUAUUAAUGAGAUGUGUUCUAAUGUAAAUUCAGUGUUUACUUCCCGAUUGAAUGACAGAGUGUCAAACUUUUGUUAUCAUGUUUUGUCUCGUAAGAAAAUAUUUGGUUCAGCCGCUUGGUUAUUCACAUUGUAAUUUCUUAUCUGAUUAAUAUUCUGUAACGGUUGGCAAAUGGCGCUAAAUCCCUGCCUGAAUGAAGUAUGAUAAAUAAUAAGAGAAAUCUGCGUAGACCAUGGUUUUGUGAUGUGAAGUCACCCUUGUUUUGGGGCCAAUGAUACCAGAUGUCAGUCAAAGAAAGAAUUAAAAUAAAUCGCUAAAAGGUCCAAAAUGCCAACAUUUAGUUGAUAAAUAGUCAAGUUAAAAAAAAUUCUUUGACUUGUGUUUGAUUAGAAACUUUGUAAUGGUCCAGUAUGUCUAAUGAUGGCAAUUUUAGCUGGCACAGCAUUUAAGUCAUGUAAUUCUAAUGUACUAUCUCAUGUCUUUAAUUUUUAAUAAUUGGUUUUUCAAACAUCUCUGAAGAGAACAUUCUUUUACAGAGCCACCAUAUUUUUUCAUUAUCACCUUUUAAAUGCAAGAUUUGAAACAUUUUGGACUUGUAAAUAAAUAAAGGUUAGAAAAUCA